AUGAUAAACAACACUCAACAGACAACAGACAAUCACAGAAAAGAUAAUGAUGUUCAAACUGAAACCUGCUCAGGUCAUUCAAACACCACCAAGACUUUCAGGACUCACAAUGAGCUUCACAAGGAACUGCUACUUGCCCACAAAAGGCUAAGGGGUCUUGCACUGAGCCGGAGACCAGAACUUCAACAGGUGUUGGAGAGGAGGAAGAGGGUGCAGAGUGAACAGGAAGAGGAGGGACAGAGCAGGACUCCUCUGGAGGAUGUGCUGCUAAGACGUCAGCAGAGGCAACUUGAGAGGGACAAGGAGCACGAGGAAAAGGUACAAGAAGAAACCCAGUUGAUGGAGUUUGUUAGAGUUCGACAGAACCUCAGAAAGAUACAUUCAGCGAUCCAGAACAAAAACAAUUUCUGA